UAGUGGUGGGAAUGUCAAAUAGUCGGAAUGUGGAACAAAAACAGGAAGGAGUUCAGAAAGAGGUUGAAUUGGGUCGAGUUGACGUUCCGCGGCUUUUAGGCGGAGGAGGUGCGGCGUUGACUCGGAUUUCCAUGGUUCCCCUGAUUGGGUCGACGACGGCGGCGAACCAGGCGGCGUCGUCGUCGGCGAACUCUCCACAUUCGCCGCGAAACAAACAAGACGAGAAAUCUCCCGUAGAUUUGGAUUGUCAUCUUUCAGCUGCAGUAAUGGCGAAGGUGGACAGUGUCGUGUCUUUGUAUCGUGAAUUGAAAAGUGAGUGGAAUCGAAAGCCACAAAAUUUGCAGAAAUGCGGCCAGCUCCUGGAUAAGCUAAAGGUAGCACUCAUCAAGCUUUCGUAUUUGCCUACGGGCGCCAGCACUCCUACGGAGGAGCUGCUAAUUGCACGCGAUGUACUGGAGAUUGCGGUGGAAUACAGCGUGGCUACGAAGGACAUACCGGCGUUCGAGCGAUACAUAUCCCAGCUGAAAUGCUACUACUAUGAUUACAAGUCGCUGCUGCAGGAAUCCCAGAAUAUGUACAAGUUGCUGGGGUUGAAUCUGUUGUUCUUGCUCUCUGUCAAUCGAGUGUCGGAUUUCCACACAGAACUGGAGUUGUUGCCCGCAGAGGUGAUCCAAACAAACAAAUUCAUCCGCCCGAUCCUGGGGCUGGAGCAAUACAUCAUGGAAGGCCGCUACAAUAAGAUCUUCCAAGCGAAAAGCAGUGCACCGGCCGACAGCUACAACUUCUUCAUGGAUAUCCUCAUAGAGACCGUGCGGGAUGAGAUUGGCGCCUGCCUGGAAAAGUCCUAUGAAAGGAUUUCGCUCACAGAAGCCGCUAAGCGACUCAACUUGAAGAGCGUGGAAGAAGUGAAGGCUUUCGGAAAAAAGAAAAACUGGCAAUUGGGGCAAGACAAUAUUUAUUAUUUUGUGACAAAGAGUGCGAAACCGAAGGAGCCCCUUCCCGCGGUGGAGCUUGCAGAGCAGGCGAUAUUCUACGCACGGGAAUUGGAAAUGAUAGUCUAAAUGCUUGCGAAAUACAAAUCAAUUCGAGUGAUCAGGAUAACUUAAUCGACUUAUAAUAAAGCCUUUAUGCGAAAA